UGUUCGUUUUACCCAAUUCUUACUUUGCAUAAUAUAUAUAUUUUGAUACACGAAGAAAUUCUAUGUAUUGGAUGCACCAUUGAUGUCUGAUUAACGGAAAAGUCUUUCAUAAUGCGAAUGGAGAAAGUGCAAAAGUCAUCUAAAAAGAAGAAAACUAAGACAUACCACUACAAUAGAACAGUGCAUUCAGUUUCCACUGAUUUUCUUGAAGAUGAUUAUUUCAGAAAGAUGAACAAAACAGAUUACACUUAUUCACGGAGUCCUAGUUAUAGAAGAAAAGCAGAAAGUUCUUAUUACCAAAUCCCCAAUAUGUCUCGUGCACAUGUGAAGGGGAAAGUAACUCCUUACACGAGCGGUGAUUUAUAUGUCAGUUCAGAUGAGGAGGACAUUAAUUAUGUAAUGGAAAAAAGACUGUCCACCAGAACUGUUUAUGAGGAUGGAAUUCUACUUCGUUCAGGCAACAGUUUAAAAAAUGCCAGGACUGUGAUAGAGAGUCAAAAUGUGAAGAACAGAAGAUCACUGCAGGGCUUGAACAUGAACAAGAAUGCUAGGGAGUCUAGGAGAUCACUACAGUCCCUGAACACGAUGGACGAUGUCCGGCAAUCCAGGAGCACUACAAGGACAUCACGAUCACGGAGAUCCCAGGCCUCCAAUCUUGUCACCAGCACUAACCAGAUGUCAGAGACAAGGUCAUCCACAAGGUCAUCAUCAGCCUCUGUGUCAUCUCUGACAUCAUCAAAGUCAUCCUUCAUAGACUCUGUCAGGAAAACUCUGAUUGGAGAGUUUAAUAAUUUGGAAAUGGAGAAAGGAAUGAAAGAAAUCCAGAACUCUAAUAGAAAAAUCAAGUUAUAUGGUUUGGAUCAAGUAGACUCAGAUGAAAUGUCAGGAAUUGAAUCUGAAGUAGAGUUUACUGGGACCAACAUGUCAGGUUACCACUCAAACUCUUCACAUAGUAGGAGCCACACAAGGAACUCCCAGUCUGAUACCACCACCAGCACCUCCACAUCAGAUUCCUCAUCAUCGGUGGUCACCACCGUCACCACCACUGUCGUCACCACAAUCAUUGAAACCAUUUCAACAGCAGCCAGGCCUGUCACUGAACCAGUCUGGAACAACAUAGGAGAACCAGUCUGGAAUCAUGUAGGACGACCGGUGUGGAAUCGUGUGGGGAAGCCGGUGUGGACAUACGUGUGUCGACCACUCUGGUCACUGACCAGCAGGGUGUUAUCCUCGGUCCUCCUAUUGUUGUAUCACCUCAUCUGGACCUCCACUCUACAACACCUUGUUAAUGGUUGUGCUUUUGCUACACGGAAAACCCUAUCAGCUGCUCAAUCUGUAUUAGUACAAUUGAUUAUCUGGGAAAUACGAUUUUUCUCAAGGAUGUCCUAUUUCUCCCGGAUAUGCUGUGUUGUCUUGCCACUGUUACUGAUUUUACCAUUGUUAUUGUUUACAAUUUACCCUUACAUCACACCGGCAGCUUUCAUUGAUAUCAGGGAUAAUGAUUCUGUACUGGAUUUAUCAAAGAUGGAAAGAUUAAGUCAUCAUGAUCUAAGGGAACACGUGAGGAGGAUAGUCAUACAGAUCAGUGAGGGACGAGAAGAAUCUCUCUCUGUGGGGGAAGUAGAAAGAAUUGUAUCCACAAUGGUGGAACAGAGAUUGAAUGAAGAAAAACUAGCCAAUCAGAAUCGCUGGCUAGAGGAGGAGGCAGCUAAACAGGAAGUAGAGAAAACAAACAUCACAGAGGAGAUAUUGAGGGUCCUCCAGCACCUCAAUGUGAGGAGGGAUAGCCUUACUGAGGGGGACAUAAGGGCUAUUGUUGGGGAGAUGGUCAAGCAUGAAGUCACAGGGCUACAGGAUCGCAUUACAGAGCAGGCAAAAUCACAGGUGAUGGAGAAGACAGAGAAUGGUGAAGUGAUGCUGGCUCUUCAGAAUGAUCUGAAAAUAAGUAUCACUAAUCUUGAGCAAAAAUUGGCAGAUGAACUUGAGAGAAUAAAAAGUCCUUCAAUGGAAGGUAGUGAUUCCACAGUGGAAGCCUCAGCUAGCCUUCUACAGAUACAAGACGAUUUGUCCUCAGUGCGAGCUCGACUAGAAAGCCUAGAACUGGAGAAAGCUUGGUUAGCAGGACAGCUCAAAAACUGCUGUAGGAAUGAGAGUUUCUACAUGGCUUUGGUGCAGGACAAGGUCAACUUAAUUCUGGGUCAGAUAAUGUCAGGGAAUGAUACUGGCAGUGCCGACCAGUACACGUUUGGAGCUUGGUUAAACUCGACAUUUAUCAAGAAAAGCGACUUAGAGAAAUACAUGGCAGAUUUUGGUGAUGAGCUCAGCAAUAAAAUUCUACAGGAAAUGUCAAGGACGGAAGCCACCGAGGUCUAUGUAUCAGAAUCAGGGGGGCAGAGUGUGGUGACAGAAAAGGUUGUGAGACAGAUAGUGACUGAAGCUUUGGAGAAGUUCAGUGCAGACAAAAUAGCCCUGCCUGAUUUUGCUUUAGAAUCUGCAGGUGGAAGUAUUAUCAGUACAAAGUGUUCUGAGACAUUCCACAAAAACACGGCUCGUCUGAGUAUCCUGGGGAUUCCCUUGUGGUAUGUCUCCAACUCACCUCGCAGUGUCAUACAGCCAGAGACACAGCCUGGGUCCUGUUGGGCAUUUCAGGGUGAUAAGGGUCACCUUGUAAUUGAGCUAUCAGACAACAUCACCCCCACAGCCUUCACCUUGGAGCACAUCCCCAAGUCCCUGGCUCCUGAAGGAAAAAUUGAUAGUGCCCCCAAAGACUUUACAGUCAUAGGCCUGAACAAUGAAAAUGACAAAGUAGGGGAGCGCUUAGGGAACUUCACCUAUACAGAUGCUGGUCCUCCUCUACAGUCAUUUAAAGUACAGAAACCAAACGUUGGUGUUUACAAGUUUGUUCAACUGAGUAUAUUGAGUAACCAUGGAAAUCCAUUGUAUACAUGUCUAUAUAGAUUCAGGGUGCAUGGUAUACCACACAAACCAAAGAAAAGGGAGAAAAAUUAACCUAAUAUUGAGAUACAUACAAACUUUAUGAAAAUCUGUGAACAGUGUUCUCACAGAAAUAGAUUUACCAGUGCAAAAAAAUGUGAAUCCUGUGAUAAACAAAAUAUUGGUGACUUUAAAAAAUAUUUAGUAAAACCUUGGGAAGAUCAGGGGAGAAAAAAAUCAAAAUAAUAGACUUUUCCCUUGGAGGUACAUUUAGAGAUUGUACAUUUUGCAUAAUUGACAAUAUUUUUUUUCAUGGUACUGAAGGCAUUAUUAUAAAGUGCUGGUACUGCUCAGUGGAAUUGAUUGUAAACCACCUAAACUGUGUUCAGUUGUUGUCUGUAAUAACAUUUUUUAUGAAAUAUGUGUUUUAAUUUAUGUAUGUUUUUUUCUUUUAUUUAAAAAUCCAUGUUGUUUUAUCCUUAUUAUAUUUCCUAGUGGAAUAUAGCAAUAUGUUGGGUUUUUUAAUUGCACUUUUUUAAAACCCUGGAUCUUAACUGGUGAUACAUUUUAGAUGUGAAUGUUUACAAAAAAAACAAUGUUAAUUCUAGAUUGUUAUGUUCAUUUAUUGAAUUUUUGAAUAUGAUUGACUCAUAAUUAAUAUUUAAUUGAUUAUUUACUCUUUAAAUGGGGUAGAUUGUACGUGCACUGGUAGUGAAGUUCGUUUUUUUUUUUAACCUUUUAAAUGAUUAGAUUAUGAAUUGUCAGCUAGCUUUGUGUCUCAGGGUCACUAAAGAAUCUCCUCAGUUAAAGAAAUGUGUUCAUUUCAGUCAUUUCAUCACAAAAAUAUUUCCCAAGUCAUCCAUUAAAUGCAUUCGUGAUCACUGUCAAUAGAGUUUGAUGCAAGAGGCAGUCAACCAUUUUUUUUCAAAUGUUUAUUUCAAAGGUUAAUGGAUACUGCAUAAUAUGCAUUUAUGCUUUUGAGAGAUUGAUAUCACAUUUUUCAAAGUUGUGCAUUUUAAAGAUAAUUCAGGUAAUAAAACUCUUUAAUAAGAUAUAAGAGUUAUUUUGUUAGAAUAUAAAAUUUAAUGAUUGAUAAAUUGUACAGAAGCUAAACAAAUAUUUUACAAAGGAUGAAGGAAUGAAACUCUUUUCAUCAUAGAAACCUCCUGAAAAAUAAAAUAAAAAAAUAUACAGUGAUAUAUGAAGAACUAAAUUAUUGAAUAAACAAUAAACAAAUGUC